AAAGGUGGCUUCAGCAGCUCAGACACCACAGACAGUUAUUCCCCGCUUUGCAUCCCCCCUCUUUGACCCGUCUGGAGUAUAUUUUGAGAUGUUUAGCUUCCAUGUCCAAUAUGAAAGCGUUCUGGAAGUGCUGCCCUUUCAACAAGGAGAUCAGAGGUGAGAUAGUGGCAACCUUGAGAAAAGGAACCCCCGAGUGGUUCGGAGCUUUAAAAUUGUCCAUCAUGACUUCCGAGGAGUACGAUCCUUCGUUUGUAGUUUUUUGUUCGGAGUUGUACGUGCAAAUGCAACACGGUCUCUCUCACUAUCAUCCACUUUUUGAGGGUACCAACGGCAUCCCAUACUUCAGCGUCGUAUUCAAGCAGUUGGACAAUCUGAUAUCUGACGAGGUGAUAUCUUUCUUGAACCAAAACGAGCAUCCGGACGCAGCUUAUAACCGACUGAUUUUUUCCGUCUAUCUGGAAGUCAAAGACCUGGCUACUUUCAACCAGCAUCUUCCGAUGGGUGGCGAUCACAAACUGCUUCUUCCGCGAUGCCACGAAUGGUUCGAACCAUCGGUCAGUUGUUGGCUAAAUGUUUGCAAGGGGAAGGCACUGCAAAGGGUUCGAACGGCAGUGGACAUCCAGAAACCUUGCGAAGGAGAAAAACUCGUCCGACACAGUUCAUCUGCCGUGGACGUAGUCACAAUGUUUUGUCAAUUAAGAGACUUCUGGAGACUGCUGCAAUGGCCUAAAUCUCAUUCCAUACUAUUACUGUCGCAGCUCUUGGACUGCAUCUGUUCUGCAGCGCUGCUCUACGCAGACAUCACAUAUCAGAGCCUCAUGGAGACAGGCUACUUCGACAGGCUUGGCCCAUUCAGGAUAAGCGACGAGAUGUGCAUUGCUUCCAACAAUUUAGAAUAUGUUUACAAAUUCAUUUCGCUUCUAGAAAACUACUUUGAUUUCGUGACUUUGGAGUCUAUCGCGUCGGAAAUCCAAUUUGCGACGUUAACGAACCAAUUAGACAGCACUUUGAGCCAGCUACAGGUGAGGAUACGCGACAUACUGAAGAGAAUCGGACCGCAGAUGCAAGAGGCAUUGAGGAAAGCAAUGUUUCACGUAGCGUGGUCGCCAGACACGUUGCCGACAAAUCAAGCGGUGGCGCCUCUUUUCGACUAUUUGCAUGGACAUCUUCAAGCCCUCAACAUAAAUCUGCUACCUCAAAAUUUCCAAAAAGUUCUUCAAGAGAUAUGGGAAUACACACUGGCCGAGCUGAACCACCAGAUGGACAGCGGAGCCAACAGCGACGAAAUUCCCCCCAUGUUCCACGAGAAGCUCCACUCCGCCCUGGAGCUCAUGGUGGAGUUCUUCCACGCGGACGGACAGGCUUUGACCAUGCAAGUUCUGCACUCGCCCGCCUACAGACAAAUAGAGCAAAGACUGCAAUACCACAGGACCGAUACCGAAACACUGAUGGAGAUCUUUUACGGACAACGGCUGCAGGACCAGCUCAACACAUCUACCAGCCCGUAUGGUGUGCUGGCCGUCAGGGCGUACUUCAACCACGAUUCGCUUUGCGUCGAGGUCCUGCAUGCCCGCGACAUCAUCCCUCUGGACCCGAACGGCUUCAGCGACCCCUUCGUGAUCAUCGAGCUGCUGCCGCACCGUAUAUUCCCGCACUGCAAUGACCAGCAGACGAACGUCCACAAAAAGACGCUCCACCCCAUCUUCGACGAGUGCUUCGAGUUCAGCGUGUCGCUGGACCAAUGUCGGUACCCCGGCACUAUGAUCGGCUUCACGGUCAUGGACCACGACGUGCUCACGGCUAACGACUUUGCGGGUGAAGCCUUCCUCGCGCUAGGGAGCAUUCCGGGUGUCGCGGACGCGGGGUCCGGCGUCGACAACUUCCAUGGCCUCAAACCAGUAGAGCUCGUCCUCAUGCAGCAGCACCAGAGGAAUCAUCCCAUACUGCAAAUACUGGAAUCCAGGGUGGGUGAUCGUGUGGCUGCGGACUUCGUUAAAAAGCAGAAGCAGAGAUUGGCCAACAAAUAACUGGAAAUCAAAUACUUUUCUUCAGACGUAACGUUUUUAUAUGUGAUGACUGUCAAAGGCAAACUUACAACAUUCUACAAUUUCCCAGCACUGAUCCUCUGUAUAUAUAAGUGUAGCGUGUAAUAAAUUAGGAUAAGUACCUACAUGUUAUUUUGCUAUUUGGAAAAUGAUACUUCACUUUUUGGAGAAUGAUCAGAAAUAGCUGCUGUAGUGACAAGCUGAAGCAAAAUUGUACAUAAAGAUGAAAAAACAGUUACAAUUACUGGAAGACUGCAAAUACACGUGUCUUAAUGAUUGUGAAUCCUUUACUUAUAUAGGAUGUAACAGAGGUAUAUCACAAGAGUCUUUGAUUUUCGAGGAAAGCUCCAAUUUUCAUGACGUUUUCCAUAAACCAUCGAAAGAGCUAACAACGAAGUAUCAUUUCCUAAUAACUUAAACAAAAAAUUACCGUUUGAAUGUAUAUAUGUAAAAUAUACACACAUCGUACUAACUUUGCUUAUCAUCACAUCGAGAAAGCGUUUCUUGAUAAUUCGUUUCAAAUGCUCCUACUUUUCAAAGCGUCAAUUCGCUUCUUCUGUAAGUUCCGUCAAAACGCAAGGUCCGAGGUGAGGUUACACCAAAGUUGGAGGGUGUGUUGUGUCAAAGAACUCCACGUUUGUUCUCCGAAACUGACAAAUUUUCUCUCUUCCUCUACGAUGAAAAUAACAUAAGAGUUGGUCCCAGAAGUAACAGACCCAACAGAGAAAACACAAAUUGCUUUAAUUGAAUUUUUCACUUUUUAGUGUCUUUCAUUAUUAAUAACAUUUGGUCGACCACUGCAAUACUCGUUUUGGCAGCUUGCUACCAAAUAUUUCACUGCUGUCAACGAAGGAGCAGCCUUACCCAGAGUAGAAUCUAGUCUAGCUUCCAUAUUGGUUGAGCUGAGGCCUCUCAAAUGAUCCAUCUUCUCCAUUUUCACAAAUUCACCGAAAACAUUCACUAUUGAUGGCCGCCAAACAAAUACUAAACAACGCAGCGUCUUCAAACUUGAAACAUAUUCUUUAUAGAUCGUGUACUUUUCAAUACAGUGAUAUUUUCCAAAAAACUACCGCCAUCUCUAGGUCAGGCCGGAUAUUUCUGGGACCACCCGUAAAUGUUAGCGAACCCUAAAAAUUAAUCCGGGGAAGAAACGACGAUGGCUUUCAACAAAUGUGGGUUCCUUGCAAGCAUGAUUUUCAUUGAUUUGUCAUUGUAUUAAAUGUAAACUUCUAGAGAGCUUACGAAAAAUUCCUACUUUUCUAACACUGAAAAAAUCUGUUUAAUAAAUAUAUUCAAAAAUGAAAAUCCUGUGAACCCUUGUCUCAGUAUUGCUGCACUGCUAAAAUUGAAUCAAUGAUUAGGUUUUCUCUAUGACGUUCUUCCUCUUUUUUAUAUUUUUAUAAGUAGAUACUGUAAGUGCUCCAUUUCCAAAUACACUUACCCUUCCACUAUUUAACAUAAAACGCUGAAUUUAUUUUUUUGAAGUGCCUGUAUGUAAAUUUCCAUAUCAAAACAAUAUAUAUUUCAGGAGUGAGUUGUAGUAAGUUAGACUCCAGUGUGUGAAUCCAUCCAGUAAUAUAAAAUUCAACAAGAAAAAUAGUAACUCACCCUUCUCCUGUUCACAGUCUGUUGAAUGGAACUGAUAACAUCAUAGUUUUCCACUGUAUUCAGGUUGAAAAGAUGAACUGAUAAAAAUUCAACUCUCAAUAUUACUCCUUUUUCUACAGGAGAAGAAAAACUUGGUCGUGGUCUGCCGGUUCUUAUGCUUGACGUUUCAUCUACUACUGCGGUGCACAUUCUCUCAAUGAGGUAUCGGCCAAAGUUCUCGAGUCGUUCUCAUCAACGCUGGAACUAGAAUGCUGAAAUUUGCCUCCUGUUUUAUAUUGUCAUUGUCUUACUAGACCUAGUUUAUAUGCAGUCAAGGACAGGUAGCCAGAUUUAAUUAAUGCUCAUUACCUCUUUCUUUCUAUUGAAAUUAUAAUAAUACAUAUUUAUUUGUAGUUCCUUAUUACAUAUAAAGACAAUAAGUACUCAAUCUAUGAAACUGAUAAAAAAACUACAAAUGAGGCUGGAAACGACAUGUACCGGAAGGGUACUGUUGAUCUCAUUUCUAGCCUUGAAGAAAAGGAAACUGAACUGAAGAAAAAACAUGAAGAAGAAGAGAAAAAAAAAAGGAGAGGGACGAAGGAGAGAAAACAUGUUGAAUGUUCAUACUGAAAAUUUUUCAGAAGUACAAAACCUGUGAAAUCAAUGAGUUUCUGAUUGAGCAGUAAUGAGAUAUUUUUUGACAUACUUCAACGGAAAAAUGCUACCCCUACCUUCAACCCCCGUCAAAUGACAGGCACAACCCCCAAAUUUUCAAAUAGGAAGUAUGGGCUUGUGAUAUAUCGUUUGAAACGUAUCUUCAUUCUCUAUUCAAAAAUGUUAUCAAUUUCAAGUUUAUCGCAACAAUUAAGAUUAAAUAGAUUGAAAUCAUGUGAUUACCGAAAUUC